GACGCGCUACGGGAACGUACGGGUGUGUGAGUGUGUUGCGCUCGAACGAUGAUAAUUCUCACACAGAGUGAGCGUUUCGCUUGCUCGUUCGUCCUGCUCGAUUCAAUUCAAAACAAUCAAACAAGCAGUGCGGACGCACCGCAAAGCGGUCGCAGCCGAAAGUGAUAACAUUGAACAGUGAGACAUACGGUCCGUGUACGCAAACAAAAAAGAAACAUUUUUGCACUAACUCCGAAGACACCGCGUGUGACGUACGGGUUAUCAGUUUUUUUUGCUUUCUGGUGGUGAUGUAAAGUUGCUGUAAAAGUGACACACUUUGUUGUGCUUUGUUCCGUAUUGUAGAUUUUUGCGACAGCCACCGAGCAGGCUAAAUUGUGAUUCCUAUUGUUUUUGUUGUCGUUGUGCAUUGAACAUAGAAAAAAACUGAUUAAAGUGUGUUCAAAUUUGAAUCAAAAACAAUUUUAACAGAACACAACCACAAGGAACCAGCAAAAGGUGUAGAGAGAGAAAAAAAGGCGAAAGUCCUGGCCUAAAAGUGCUGUAUACAAACGUGUUUGUGGGUGCAUAUCGGUGUAUGUGUGUGUGUAUUGCACAGCUGAUAUACAAACGAUUAUUAUGUAAGAAGCGAACUCUCUAAAGCAAGGCCAAAGUAAUUGCUCUUCAAUUGAUUGCACUUCUAUUGUGUUUCGCAGUCCGCAUAAAGUACAAUAUCGUUUUCGAGUUAAAACUGUUGACAGUUUCCACGAAAGAGUCUCUCGGUCGCACUGAAAAUUGAGCUACAUCCCGAGUAAACAGGUUAGCUGGUGGACAGGAGAGGAGCGAAGGAGACAGGAGAGGUGCGAAGGAAAGGGCGCACGCAACAGGGUGGUUUGUUGACACGAAAAGGAGAGAAAUCGCUGUCCGUCGUCGAUCGAUACACGCGCGCCCGCGAGAGAGAGAGAGAGAGAGAGAGCGAGAGCGUGCGCGCACGAGAACGCGUACCAGCGUGCGCUGCUUUCAGCCCGCCACCCGUCGCUUCGUUCCGUCGUAGUGUGCGAGGCGUGCGUGUGCGCUUGUAUCUGCAUGCGUGCAAGGGUGUGUGUGUGUGUCAGUAGGUAGCGGAAUAGAAAAAGCAACACAGCCGCCGCCAUAUUGGUGCCGUUGUGUGUGGGGAGCAGAAUCAAAACAAAGGAAAAUCAUCUGAUCAGAGCGAGCGAACGCAAAACGCGCAAACACAGAGCGACACGGGCACAACACACAUCGAAAGGCGAGAUCGUUGUUCACGUCAUCGGGCAGAAGUCGAACAUUGUUGUUAGUAGACGGCAGUAGCUGUGUUUCUGUGUUCUGUGGUGCGAAAAGAACAUCAAAUUCGGUUGGCGAAUUCUUCCCGAACCUUUACGCGGAUCCGGCAUUUUGUGUGCGGCACAGAAAGUGGGUGACGGCAACCUCGCACCCUUGCACCCCUCACAGGGUGGGUUAGGAAAUAAAAAAAUGAUAUAAUUCAGCCUGAGUGAGUCGUUCACAUUUUGCAGUUCAUAUACAGUCCGUCGUAGCGGCUGUGUCAGUGUUUCUUCAAGAAACGGGCAAUUUCAACCGAGAAGCGUCCGACAGACAAACCACGGGACAAGCACAGACAACACAGAAAACUAACUGAAAACAAGUAAACAACUAAACAUUUAUAGAAAAAAAAACUUGAAUAACCGUAAAAUUAGAAAGGAAUACAAAAAAAGCCAAACGCAGCAGCAUAAAGCAGUGAUCGAGUGUAACAUAAAAAAAACCCAUUCAAACUCACAAAUACACCCAUCCAGUUGUACGGGUGCCGGUUUUUUGGCUGUUUUAUCUUAUCAAGCGUUUCAUGGUCGAUCGCCUGGUGCCAUUUUUGGGGCGAACGCUGUGUGCGUGUGUUGUGAGUGAAUAAAAGUGAACGGAAUUAUUAGACGGCUUUGCACGGGAGUUCGAGAGUGGUGUUUUUUGGGGGCUAUUUUUUUUUUCUCAACUCAGUCAAAAGUGAUCAAAACAAUUGCAGCCGGGGGAGAAAAACCAGGCGUUGCAAAGAUUCGCGAACGAAAGAAGCGAAACUUGCGCGCGAAAUGUGAACAUGCGAAACGGGAGCGAAACUGAACAGCGCGUGAAGCAACCGUGAGACUUUGUUUGAUUGGUGGAGUGGAUUGGGGAGAUUAUUUCGUGCAUCUGUCGUGUGGUCCGCAGUAUAUGUAAAAAUUCAGCAGCCCGGGAGCUGUAGCGGCAGAGAAGAAGGAAUCGGAAAGGAAAGUCAGACACACACAUACACAUACAUCUCACCCGGAAAUAGAAAGCAUCCCUUUACGACACAAGGAUUAGCCUUCGGGCAGCAUCCAGCAAACCGAGCGUGGUUGGUUUGGCGCGUACAGGAGUCUGGAUGAUGAGUAGCUUCGGCGGCUUGCAGAGCGGAGGCGGCCUAAACUUCACCACCGGUAUCGGUAGCGUUGACGGAAGCGUUUCGAUCGUCAAGCAGGAACCCACGGUAUACACGGCUUCGUCCGCGGACGGCGGAACGAACGCAGGCAACAACAGUAGUUGCAACACGAUCAACAACAACAACAACAACAACAACAGCCACAAUCAGCAACACCAUUUCCAGCAGAACACCUUCAUGAUGGACGCACUGAGCAGCAAUCCGAUGCUGACGACGGCAUCGAUGCCGAUACCGUCCCGGAGCGCCAACCAUCAGCGCGUGAUGCAGUCGGAUCUGGACUUUGGUAACGAGAUGGACCACCAGUUCCGCAGCUCUGGCCAGCUGCUGCACGAUGUCGGCGUGAUGGCGGCCGGCAACGGCGGCAGCUUCCAGACGGGCAGCCUGCCCACACAGAUGGACGGCAUGUUUCACAGCGGCUGGGACAACCUGAUCCUGACCGCGGACGGUAUCGAUCUCGGGCCGAUGAAUGCGGCCGGCCUGCAGAUGAUGGACACGUGGAACAAUUUAAUUUCCCCGUCCUCGACGGUGUCGUCGGCGACGCAGCUGGACGAGUCGGGCAUACAGCAGGUGAUGGUCGGCGACGGUACCGCGAUCGUGCUGGGCGGUGGUGGCGUCGGUGGCCUCGGCGCCGGACAGCAGCUGAUGGAAGAGUUUGAGGUGUACCCGCUGGAAGAUUUCAAUGACGGGCUGCUGUGCAAUGAUUUGAACACGAUCGACGGGCUGUUUCACGACGAUAUAACGCUGCUCAGCCAGCCGCUGAGCCAGCAGUCGCCGAACCUGAGCGGUGACAGUGCCAUCAUCCUGUCGCCCAGCCUGCCCCAGCAGAUUCUGGGCCGUUCGUCGAACCUUACGUCCGGCGGGCUGACCAUCUUGGCGAGCGGCGAGAACACGGUCGGCAGCGUGGGCAGUAACAGCGUGUCGUCGGGCUUCGGACCGGCCACGGCCGCCAGUGGCAUGCAGCUGCUCACGAACGACCCGAUGGUGGCGGCCAACUACAUCAGCAACACCAACAGCAACAGCAGCUUGCUGUACGAUGAGCAGACACGCAUCUCCUCGUCGCCGUUCGAGCUGUACACGAAGCAGGAACCGGGCAGUGCGGUCCAGUCCCCGCUCGCCUUCUCGCCCAGCAGCCACGGUUCCAGCCCGUCCAUUUCCGAGGGUGGCCACCUGAUGGUACCGCAGGCCGGCAGCUCAGCGGCGAAGAAUUUGCUGCAGCAGCAGCUGCAGAGCUCGUUCAACAACAACAACACGAUGUACAACGGUGCCUCGAGUACGAUAAGCGCCGGCAAGCUGAUCAAGAGCGGCGGUGCGACGUCCCCGGGCAAUAAUAACAGCGACACGGCGAAGAACCAAAACCUGGGCGGUAGUAGCCCGGGCCUUGAUGCUGGUGCACACCAGCAGCAGCCGCAGCAGCAGAUGCCACUGCGCGCUUCGCGGCGUGGCUUCAACUUUAGCCGGAACAGCGGCAACGUGGGUCAGGUGCAGCAUAACCCGAAGUAUUCCACCCUGCAGCAGCUGCUGAUGAGCAACACGUCCGAUCGGCUGGGCAGCGGCGGCAAUCUGGUGCUGGGACAGUCGGUUCCCGCCGGUAGCGGUUCCGCCGGGUUGCUGUCCGGUGCCGCGCUCAGCCCCGGCGGUAGCGGCGGCAGUUACUCCGGCCGGCGUCUGUUGCAGGCCCAGCUGGCGGCGGGAACGACGAGCGCGGCCGUUUCGGUCGGCUCGAAUGCCGGCACGUCCGGUACGGCAAUGUCGCGCUUGUCCUCGUCCGCACCGACACACAUUUCCGGCUUUGAGCAGAUUUGGCAACGGCGCGAGCCGCGCCCACAUCUCCUGUCGACCGGUAGUUUGGCCGAGGCCGGCUCAACCUCUUCGCUGAGCACCGGAAGCAUCCUUAGCCCGGAGGCGCCCGAUUUUUCACACGACGAAGGCUACUCAGACGAUAGCGAUCACUAUGAGGAUUACUCCAGCGGCGAAGAUUCGGAUAGCGAGGAUACGGGCAAGGUUUCGUCCAGUGCCGGCAGCAAGGCAAAGCGCUACUUCUGGCAGUACAAUGUGCAGGCGAAGGGACCGAAGGGACAGCGUUUGGUCAUCAAAACGCAGGUGGAGGAUCCGCACGUGCUGAACGCGGUUACCGAUCCCGUAUUCAGCCCGAACUGCUCCGUUCGAGGCAUUAAGAAUCUUCGUUUACAGCACAGCGGCAAGGCGCGGAAGGGUGACGGCAACGAUCUGACGCCGAAUCCUCGCAAGCUGCACAACAUCGGCAAGGAGCUGGACAAGCUCGGCCGCGUCAUCAACGACAUGAAGCCCGUUAGCGAGCUGCCGUUCAAUGCGCGCCCGAAGACGCGCAAGGAAAAGAACAAGCUGGCGUCGCGGGCCUGCAGGCUGAAGAAGAAGGCACAGCACGAAGCGAACAAGAUCAAGCUGUACGGGCUGGAGACGGAACACAAGCGUCUCAUGAACGGAAUAUUGCAUCUGAAACAGAUCCUGGUGACGAAGUGCAGCAAUGCGGGAACGGCCAGUGAGAACCCAGAAGAGUACAAACAGCAACUAGACACGUUGGUGCAAACGUCAUCCAAAAUAAAAAUUGCUGGCAAUUCUACUGAGUUUGUGAACAAAAUGCUCGAGAAUGUGCGGACGGGUAACAACACCAGCAUAGAUACGGUGCUGGAGCACUUCUAGAUCGGUCCGGAAGCUUCCUGUUGUGUUGUGCGCUUGUUAUGAACGAUACAGCAACGUGUGUGUGCGUGCCGAGAGGAGGAGGAGGAGUCGCGAAGUCGAAUGGUGAUGGUUUUGCGCGUCAUUUUCUCUCCACUCUGGAGGGAAAGUCGAACCAGCACCAAAUCACCAAUGACGAAUCAAUGAGACUGUAAGAUAAAAAAAAAAGAAAGCAACCAAUUACCUUCGUUUUGUUUAAAACUACAUAAUAUUUUCUAAUGAGCGUGCAUUGUAUGAAUAAUGCAUAAAACGGCACAUGAUGCACAUAGUGCGGCGAGGAAUAAGUGAUAUUUGCCAUUGCGCUGUUGGCAGACGCCGGCAGCAGUGGUGCAAAAGCAAUCACUCCGGAUGGCGCAGUGAAUGAGAAAUUACUACCACCUAAGAGAAGAUCGUUGCAGAAGAAGGAGAAGCAUUUGUACGGGGAGUGCACUUUCCAUGCAAAGUGCAAUCCAGAACACGUGACAGAGCGAGAUAGAAGAGCAAGAGGGAGAGAGAGAUAAAGCGAGGGAGGAAUGCUGAAACAUAUGUUGGUCAUUAUAUGAUAUUUGAACAAGCAUUAGCGAGUAAGAACACAUUUCUUUACAUGCAUAUACAUAUACGUAGAUACACUGUAAGGUACCGGAUAAGGAUUAUUCAAACCUGUUUUUGUUUGUCAGUACAACUUGUUACAUUAUAUAUAUACGGAUAUAUUUUUUAUACGAAGUUGAUCACUAAAAGAAAACAAGCACCAAGUACUAAUUUGGAUUUAUUGCCUCCACUUUUCUUCUUCUGUUUGUUGCAAACUCAUCGAGCAAGCGCCUUGUAGUGCGUUCUCUCGAUUGGAAAGUGGUGGUCGUGAUCUUCUCCAGUUAAACACUUUACCUCUACAACGAAAUCAAAACCACACUGGUUUCUUUUGUAUAAAACCCCAAUCUCUGAUCAAAUCAACUUCACAGAAAUCACCUCUAUUAUGUGUACAGCAGAUUACAAAUAUUGGUAACCGGUAUGACCAACUAUCCCUAAACCAAAACCACACGGACUGAGAUGAGUGCCGCGUCAAACGCGACCAUAUACUUAUCAUACUUUGUGCCACACAAACUACACGCGCGCGUACAUAUACAUGCAGUUACACAUCCAUCCAGCGUGACCAAUAGGGUUAACAGGAACAAAAAAAAAAACACAAACGAAUGAAAUGAAGCUCAGGAACAAAGUGCGUGUGUAUUGGGGUUGGAUUGAACAAUUGCAGUUUUUUAUUUCUUACAAACGUGCUUACUUUAGAACCAUUUUUGUUAUUUUUUUUUCAAAUUCAAUGUGAAAACGAGUUGUGUCGGAGCAAUGGAAACUGUAUGUUUGAGAUACAGGAUAAUUUACACAUAAGGAUCAUUUUAACAUUCAAACUUUUUCUCUUUAAAAAUGAAGGAUGGGAAUUAUUUUGUGUGCCGUAGGUGUGGAUAUUGAACGAGACGAAUGAAAUGCUUGAAGAAAGCAAACAAAAAAAAACAAAAAAAGAAA